UGCCGGACUCUGGCAUCGAUUUCCGGAAUCACGUGUCCGGCAUUGGACAACCCGGAUCACGGGACAAUUGUUGUCGAAGGUUUCGAAACGGGCCAACUGGUAACCUACGAAUGCGACACGGGCUUCCAGGCCGGCGCCACUUCGGGGCCGGCAACUUUGGUCUGCAAUUCGGACGGGACCUGGAGCGUUAGCGACGCGGAAUCCAAUUCCAACGAGCCGUUCCGGUGCCAGGAAGACGUGUGCAGCGAGCCGGAAACUCCCGCCAACGGGUCCGUCACUUUCACGUCCACCAAUUUCGGAUUGAAGGCGCUCUUCCGCUGCGACCAAGGAUUCGUGCUGAGCGGAUCGCAGCAGAGGACGUGCGGAAGCGAUGGCGAAUGGAUCGGCGGAGCCAAGCCCAAAUGCGUUCCUCGAACGUGUUCCAUCCCGGACAUCAUUGAGCACGGAUACAUGGGAUUCGAAGUGGGCGGAUCGGCCACCAGUCUCGGCACCGGAUCUGUCAUUCUCUACGACUGCGAGGAAGGAUACAAAUUAGUCGGAGCGCGGGAACAAUCCUCUUUGCCAUCCGGCGAUUGGACGGACCAAGAGCCGUCGUGCCAUCAGAUAUUUUGCGAGCGUCUGCCCAGCACCAUGGAGCACGGGACUGUCACGUGGGCCGAGGAGAACAUUUACGGUUCAGUCGUUCAAUUCGUUUUCCAUCCGGGAUACGAAUUAGACGGCCCGGAACGUUUGUCCUGCGAAGAUGACGAAAAUUGGAGCGGAAUAAUGCCCACCUGUCGCCCGGUGGAGUGUCCCAAUCCGGGCCUCGUUGCCAACUUCGUUGUUUCACUCAAACAAGCGGAUGUUCGAUUAGAUCCGGAAGUCUACCUACCUACCUACGGCGACAUUUUGGUUUACACCUGCCGAAGAGGUUACGUAAUUGUCAAAUCCGACAACGAUUCCGGCGUCGUGGAGAGGCGCUGCUUGGCCGACGGCUCUUGGUCUUCCAAACCGCCCGUCUGUUCCAGAGUCUCCUGCCCGCCGGCCGUCAUCCCUCAGAAUGGGUAAACAUCUCGUCCCGUUCAGAAUGAAGUGACCAACGUCAACGAAACGGAGGAAGCGGCCAUGGUUGGUCAAAUCAUCCACUACGGAUGCAAAAAAGGCUACCAGCUGACCGACGACAACCCCAAGGUGGCCAAAUGUCUGGAGACGGGCAAAUGAAAUGUCUCGGAAACGCCCACGUGUCAGCUGAUUCGGUGCCCUCAACCGCCCGUCGUCAAGACCGGCAAACUGGACGGAAACGGGAAAAAGGAAUAUUCAAAUUUGGAUUCCGUCAAAUACGAAUGCGAUUUCGGAUUCCGCAUGACGGGCGAAGACCGGGUGGCGUGCACUUUUUCGGGAGAUUGGGAAGAUCAGAUACCGACGUGCGUCCGAGCCAUUUGUCUGUCUGUCGACAUACUGGAAGACGGAAUCAUCACGCCCGUCUAUCCGCCGUCGGAUGGACAGAAGACGGGCCGCCAACAGCGCCCAAUGGCAUUGAAAUUCUCCUGUCAAGACGAAUACGAUUUGGUGGGCAGCGCGUUGGCCGAAUGCACGUCGACGGGCGACUGGAAUCAUCCGUUUCCGGCUUGUGUUCCGUGGCCGUACGAGUCUCCGCCGAUCCCACCGAAUAGUCAAAUCCAAUCGAAAGUCAUUUGACCGGAUAUCAUCACGGCGAUAGUCCGUUGCGAUCCCGGCUUUCGAUUACUCGGAUCCAAUUUGACUUGUGGUCCGGCCGGCAUUUGGAAAGGAAAAGCGGAAUGUGAAGCUCAGCUGUGUUCUCUUCCGAAACAACUGUCAACUGGGAAAGCAGUCAUCGGUGAUUUCAAAUUCAAGCAACCGCUGAAAAGUUCGUACGGGUUUGGCGAGACGAUCCAGUUCAGUUGCCGGCUGGGCUAUGUGCUGGAAGACCCCCAAAUGUC